UCAAGAAUAGCCGGCUCACAUCAUAACUGAAUCUCUCACAUUAACAUUAUACGAGGCUGUUUGUGACGGGUGCGACCCGAUUGCCCGACCCGUAUGCGUGACUUUAAUCAAUUCCUCCUCAUUUCUAUAUAUAGACGCAUUAGUAAUGCUCUUACCCAACUCUAUGCAUAGAAAACUGGCUGUUUAUGUGACCUCAAAUCUGAAUCAUUAUGUCCAGCAAACAUCCCCAACGAAGAGCUAUAAUUUCCAAGGACGGAGAUGAGGAUGAUAAAUCUCUCUACAAUUGUGCAAGGAAGUAUGACAUGAUCGUGAAACAGUUUGAUGAAUUGAUGGGGAUAAUGAACAAUCCAACCAGUAUACCAAAGUCGACAAGGAGUCGAAAAGUAAGUGCUUCUGGCACAAGCAUGGCUGCUAGCUCGAGCCAACCUGAAAGCAAUGGAGCACUAGCAGAAGCAGUCACCAGAUUUCUUCAUGAACUGAGAGUUAGCCCUACAGAUUCUGGGUUCUCAAGCAGCACAUGUAAGGUUGUUUCCAAGACUUACGAACAAGGAAGUUAA